AUGUUUGCUAAACAGGAGGAGGCAAAAAAUUGUUUCCCCGAAUUCAUGUUGAAUAGUCCGGGGUGUUACAACUUUGCCGAAGGAGAUUCCUUGGGCGUGAAUUACAUGAAUAAUGUGAAAAACAAAUUAUUUAAUUUUGGCAGCAUUCAAACGAGUGAUGUGGAAGAUGCAAGGGGUGACUGCCGCAACAGCGUUGGAAGCGAAGUGCAUGUAGGUGGGGUCGGCAGCACAAAUGGGAGUGACAGUGGGCGCGCAAAUGUGAGCAGAGAUAGUGGUGGGGAGACGAGUGGAGAGGUCACUCAGGAGGUCUCCAGUAUGAUGAACGGAGAAGGUAUGGUAGAAGGUAUCGCAGAGGUCACUGGUCAUAUCCCUAGAGAAGGCACAGCAGAUCCGACUGGCACACAGGACGGAGCAGAGUUAGCCAGCGGAUUGGACAGCAUAAGUUACGUCAACCCCGACGUUUACCACAAGAAGGCAAAAUUGAACCAUAGCAGUUCCAAGCCUCCAGUGAAAGAGAAGAAUGAACGCACUCCCAGCGACUAUCUGAACAUCAAGAAGAGCAAACUGAUUAACAAUUUAAAUUUUUUCAUGCGUGUCUGCUGCAACAAGAAUUCAUAUAUAAAAUUCAUUAAUCAUUACCUUAACAUAAUUUACUGCAACAAUAUCAGCAUAUUAUUUAAGUAUGAGGGUAUUUUGCAAAAGUUCGAUGAGCGCAAUGAGAUGAAUUUGACGGAGAAUGAUUACUACAAUGGAUACUUGAAGUUGAACCACGUGCCAAUAUUGAUAUAUGGAAAUGGAGGUAGCGGGAGUGAAAACAAUGGAGCUGAUGGGAACAGUGGCGAUAGUGGUGUAGGUGAGAUGGGGGCAAGCGGCGGAUGUGCAAACGGAAGAGGUUUUGGUACCCCCCUGAAUGAAAUAAAAAUAGACAUGGACAAAAAUCAGGAAUGCUUGAGAAACAACUCCAACCUGGAAAGCAGCGUGUUGAAUUUUAUUAACAUUUACGAUAAUUUGACUGUGAACUUUUUCAAUCAUAUUUUCACCAAAAUUAAUAACAAUGAAAUGAAUAUACACAAUUCAAACAUACACCUCAUCAUACAUAACUUUUUGUACAAGAAGCAUAUGCUAAAGGAGAAUAUUUUUAAUCUGCUACUAAACAUUAGCAAAUCUUAUGAAAUAAAAUAUGGCCGCAUUCUUGCGGACAUAAAAAGUGACGAACAUGUUAAGGAGAGAAAUGAGAAAAUAAUUUUCGAAAUGUUGAAGGAUAAGGUGGAGGGACGCUUCACCGAGUCAGGAAAGAGGGGUCAAAACCCAUGGACAUUGGACUCCGCUGUUUGUAACGAUGAAAGUGGUGCUGCCUCACCAGAUGGUGGUGGAGGUCCUGGCGGUGGAAGUGGUGAUAUGCAUGACGCUGUGCGCGACGAUGAUCCGGGUGUGUACCACGGCGCGGACUACAACUCCCAGAAUUGCGCCUCCUACGGUUCCUACCAAACGCGACCCGCUGAUAGUUAUGACAACAUGCAAGAGGGACACACAAAAGGGGGAAUCGAGGGAGAUCCUGAGAGCAUGGCCACCUGGGGGAAGCCCGAAAUGCAUGAGUCUUCCCAUGGUGAGCUAAACGAGUUACUAAGUAAAAGUAAAGGAAGCGAAACUGCCGAUAUUUUUUGUGAAAUAAAAGAUUCAAGCAUGAACAAUAGCAAUUUUAACAACAUGAUUAGCAACAAUACGGAUGCGACUACGACAACGGCAGGGAGUGGGACGUCUACGUCAACGGGGUGUACCACUGGGAAUAUGUACAAUCGUGCUACGGAGAUGGGGUUAGAGGAGAGGGUUGUUCAUGUGGAAAGUGCUAUCACGUCUGGGAGUUCCGUGUACGAAUUUGGGGAGAAUUGCGCCCAGUGCGGGGGUGCCAUGAGUAGCGGCGUUAUGGUUAACGGCAACUGCGCCAAGUGCUCUAACUGUGUCAACUUCCACCAGAACGGAGAACCUCCCCUGCUGCAAGACAUCAAAGAGAUGCUGAACAAAGAAAUCGAAUCGUGCGAAGGAUACUAUACCAAAGGAAUAGAGGACGAAGAAGAAGUAAAGGAAAGAAAUGCAAACCUAAUUGAUAAUAUUUACACCUUUUUAAAAAAUAAUGCAUUCAUCCCAAGCAACAAUAUAUAUACAGACUUUAUGGAAAACGGGAAUGAUAUUGUUUUUAGCAAAAUAAAAAAAAGCGAUAAGGCUACUUACUUUAAGCUGAUAGAACGAUUCGAUCGUAUGUACAACUUUAUAAAUGAAUUCAGGAGCAGCUAUUCGACGCAUGAAAUGAGUGAAGAGAGGGUCAGUCAGGAAAUUAGCGAAUCGUUCCCAAGGUACAGAAAGAGAAGAUAUAGCCACGAUGAGUAUGAAUCAAGAAACGCAAGUCACACGAAGAGAUGCUUGCGGAAUUGCAACAGUAAGAAGAAUCGGCCGAUUAAAAGGAGCAAAAGGAUUAUAAAAAAGGCCGAGAUGUCUAGAGUUAAAAAAAUGAAGUAG